AUGCGUACCUUCAUCGCCACAGCCCUCUGCCCUCUAGUGGCUUGCUAUACCAUUCAACCCUUCAACACAACCUCCAGAUCCUUAAACACCACCAUCUCUCCAUCUACCACCUCCUGCAUUUCCACCGCCGAUGCCAUUCUCAUCGCCAAUGGCUUCGGCCAGAUCCUGUCCAACUUCAGCAUGUCCUUCGGCGACAUCCUGAUCGCAGAUGACUAUGUGGAUCAAUCGGACAGUGUGGCCACCUUGAUGCAUUCGCCUAAUUUGCUCGCUUCUGAUUUGGGUAAACUCACCUUCGACACUAAAGCCUCCUUCCUCGCCGGCGAACAAGCUCAACCAGGCGUUCCGUUCACUCUCCUCAACACUUGGUCCUCCUGCUCAGCUGUAACUUUCCGCUACGUGCUUUCCCCUCCCUCUGGCUUGGAUGUUCAGGGCAUCGCUGUUGCUGAAGUUGUAGAAGCAAAGAGCAAUGGAACAGGCGUUGGUGAAGGUGAUCAAAAGUGGCAGAUCAAGACAUUUUAUGGAGAAUUCAAUUCUGCGGUUUGGUUG